AUGAAGUUCCUCAAGGUCGGACGCGUUGUCAUCAUCACCCGCGGUCGCUAUGCCGGCAAGAAGUGCGUGAUCAUCUCGCCCCUCGACAACGGCACCAAGUCGCACCCCUUCCCCCACGCCCUCGUCGCUGGUGUCGAGCGCUACCCCCAGAAGGUCACCCGCCGCAUGUCGAAGAACAAGCAGGCCAAGAAGAGCAAGGUCAAGCCUUUCGUCAAGCAGGUCAACUACACCCACAUCAUGCCCACCCGCUACACCAUCGAGCUUGAGAACCUGAAGGGUACCCUUACCCAGGACACAUUCAAGGAGGUCUCGCAAAGGGAGGAGGCUAAGAAGACCGUCAAGAAGGCCUUCGAGGAGCGAUACACUUCCGGCAAGAACAGGUGGUUCUUCACACCGCUGCAGUUCUAG